GGCUCAGUUGGCGUUUGGAAAAGUUGGCGAGGUGCGUUCCCGUCAAGCUCGUUCGGUGUGGUUUGGCGCAGCCCUCAGGCACACCGCGGUACUGCAUGUGCCAAGACGACGUGGGGGACGACGACGACGUCAUGCUGAGCAGUUUUCAUUUUCAUGCUCAUGACGUGCCAAUGCUAUGUCAUGCUAACCUUUGCUACUGCCAUUUCUUCACCUUAAUUUAAUGAGAUCAGGACCUCUUUGCCAAGAGUGACAGGGGAGAAUAAACGGUGUUUGAGGCACAAUGACAACACAACAACAAACAAUUGAACAUUUCAAACGAGCUCAAGCUGGUGCUCCCGACGCAUAGAACGGAAAACUUGAGAGAGUUACCAGUUACAAGGGCACAAAUAAGGCAGACGGAAUUGGCAUCGGCCGACGGAGGCGAGUGUCGCAAUGGCGGUUGAGGAGACGAGAGACGGCCGGUGGCAAAUGUCGGCGCGGAAGGAAAAAUGGCGAAAAAAGUCCGGGGAACGGAGACAUUUGGAUGACGCACUCGAAUGGAGCGCAUCCCCCUCGUCGACAAUGAGCGAGAAGAUGGACAAAUGUGGGCGCCUGCGUCUGGAGACGGUGGACGACCUGUUCAAUAUCCUGCAGCUGAGGAAGCGGAGGCGGGAGAGGAAGGCGCCCGUCUACAAGAAAACGCGCGCUGCGCCCGCCGAGAUGCUGCCCGACACGGUGGAGGCGCCUCUCUUCUUUGCCGCCGCCGUGGACGACAAGAUGGCCGUCGUGCACAAGUACCUGAACGAGGGAGGAAACCCCGACGCUGUCGAUCAUUUCCAGAGGACCGCCCUCCACAAGGCGUCCUUCAAAGGUCACGUGGAAGUCAUGACCGCGCUGCUGGACGCCGGCGCCGCCAUCGACUGGAAGGACAAACUGGAGUCGACGGCGGUCCACUGGGCCUGCAGAGGCGGGAACCUUCCCGCCCUUCAGCUCCUCCUCCAGCGCGGCGCCAAGAUCACCGCCAGAGACAAGCUGCACAGUUGCCCUCUGCACGUGGCCGUGAGGACGGGACAUCUCGAGUGUGCCGAGUAUCUCAUUCACUGCGGCGCCGACGUCAACGCCAAAGACAGGGAUGGCGACACUUGCAUGCACGACGCCGUGAGGAUCAACCGCUUCAAGAUGAUCAAGCUGCUCAUGAUGUACGGUGCCAGCCUCAACGUCAAGAACUGCGAUGGGAAGACGCCGAUGGAGACUCUGUACUCGUGGCAGAACGGCGCCAAGAGCCUGCUGUUCCACUUCAGCGAGGAGAAGGCGGAGCUUAACGAGAAGAUGAUUUGACGUCAUCAAUGACAUCCUCAUCGCCAUCGUAUGUUGUUUUUGCCUCCUCCUGGUGGCUGAUUGUUGACAUCGCCGCUUUGAUGCCAUCAUCCCAGGUUGAAAAAGCAACCCCGUGACUUUUUCAUCAAAUGUUGCUGGACGACAUUUUGGGGUUAGAGACGCUUUUUUUUUUUUUUUUUUUUUUCCCCCCCCAUUUUCCCUGUUUUUGAUGAUAAACAAACACUGACAACUUGUACUAACUUUAUUGCUGUUUUAUUCAACUUGGAACUAGCGUGCGUCCCCUCGUGAUGACGCCACUGGGCCAGCUAGUAAUAUAACAAUGUUUCAUUUAUUUGAUAUUGGAUUGACGGGUGUGAGACAUGAGGAAGUUGAGGAGGGUUUACAGGACGUGGCAAGAAUGCGAUCGAUGUGUGUUCAUGAAAGCUGUCAAUAAAGUUGCUUUAAUUCCAA